AUGCUUCAGGAGCUCAUCACCAUCCAGCCAGGAGCCUCGGCGCCGCCAGAAGAAUCUCAAAGGCUCUCAUGCAGCACAAUUUCAGAGCCAAGUCUAGUUCAGAUCCCGCAAUCAAUUCCCGGGGUUCCCACCGGAUUGGAGUACCUGACAUUCCUUGACACUCUAAUUAUUCAUCAGACCACGGUGAGCGUUUGCACCGAUUUCGACAACAAGUACAUUCUGACGAAUCGGCACGGUCAACGCGCCUACACAGCCAUCGAGGAAUCAAGGCGAUGUCAGCGGCUAUGUCUCGGCUCGCGUCGCGGAUUCACCAUGCACAUUCUCGACACGUUCGGCCGAGAAGUUCUGCGAGUCCGACAUGCGUCCGAUUUUUGUUCGGUGCUCUUCACAUCCAUCUACACCAUCGAAUUGCCGAAUGGCCACCUGCUUGGCGUGAUUCGCAAACGAUCUCCGCGCAAAUCCGUCAAAACCGAAAUUCUUGAUGAGAACGGGAGAGUCGCUUAUUUGGUAAGAACACCAACGGGAAUUUGGAUCGGCACCAUCACCAAAAAAUGGCUGGGAUUCGGCAGGGAGACAUUCACAGAUAACUUCACUUUCGAAGUCGCAUGUAAGUUGGGUCUUGAAGCGAAAAAUACCCAAAAAUUGGCGUUUUUCCAGUUCCGAGUGAUCUCGACGUGA